GGUUUGGUUCUGGCAGUUAGCAAUAAAGCAUUCAGUGGGAGUGGAAUCGGAGCCUCGUGUUUUCUGUUUCUGUCCGAUGCCGGCAAUUUUCAUUGCUGUUAGCUCUUUUUAAACAUUUGAAGUCAUGUGCCAUACGGGUAUGACUAAGUUAAUUGAAUAAAAUUUUAAAUUUAUUCGCGCUUUAGUUUGAUUUUAAUAUCAGAUGCAAAAAAUUGUUUGACAUUUUCGGUGUACUCUUUAAAUUUAGUAAAUCAUCGGUACUUACUGGUACCAUCUACCUACCUAAAUAUCCAUCCCUUUAAAAUUUUACCUGAAGUAUCCAUCCUCUGUUUAUAAAUUAUUGCCAGGGCAAUAAAAUGGAGGCUACAAGCCCAAAUUAUUUAAUCAAGGAUUUGCCGGCUGGUCCGCUAGAUCAUUACAGAAAACAGGCACAAUUUGACUGGAAGAAGAUGAAACUAUUCUUUGAGGAUCCAGAAUUGCUUAAAAUAAAGAUGAAUGUCUGGAAGACUUUAGAACGGGAUCCAAUAUUCCAAAGGCCAAAACAAGUACCUGACAGUGAGGAAAUGAAACGGAUCUCCGCAAUUCAGCUUCACAAAUAUUGCCAGUACAAUUUUUUGCACCCAGAUACCGCUAAAUUGCCUUACAAAAGAAAAACCAAGUUCAUGAUGACUGUAAAUGAAGCGCUAGCAGUUUCAUUUGCAGAUGCGUCCGUCAAACACGCCGUCGGAAUUGGUUUGUUCAGAAACACUUUGGCUACGUUGGGUACUGAAAGGCACCAGCAUUAUGCAGACGCGUCUUGGAAUAACAAAGUGCUGGCCUGCCUAGCCUUAACGGAAAUCGCUCAUGGCAGUAACACAAAACAGAUGAGGACAAUGGCUACUUACGAUUCAGAAACUCAAGAGUUUGUCAUCAAUACUCCAGAUUUUGAGGCGGCAAAAUGUUGGGUGGGAAAUUUAGGCAAAACCUGCACGCUAGCAGUAUUAUUCGCACAAUUACAUACCAAAGGCCAAUGUCAUGGUUUACAUGCAUUUAUAGUUCCUAUAAGAGAUCCAAAUACGUUAUUGCCAUACUCAGGGAUAAUAGUGGGCGAUAUGGGCGAGAAGAUUGGACUGCAUGGAAUAGAUAACGGAUUCAUAAUGUUCAAAAACUACAGGAUACCAAGAGAGAACCUUCUAAAUCGUACAGCAGACGUUACACCAGAGGGAGAAUACGAAAGCAGUUUCUCAGAUCCAGGAAAGAUAUUAGGGGCUGCAUUAGAAAAUUUAUCAACAGGAAGAGUUGGUAUAAUGCAAGAGAGCUCUAACAAUUUGAUUUGCGCGGUGACGAUCGCGUUAAGAUAUGCUGCUAUUAGAAGACAAUUUGGCCCUUCCGGAAAUGCCGGUAAUACUAAAAAUGAGUGGCAGUUGGUAGAAUAUCAGUUACAUAGAUGGCGGUUAUUUCCCCAUAUGGCAGCUGCUGCCGUCCUGAGAACCUUUGUUCAAAGUUUUACGGAUACCUAUUUAUCUGUCGUUGAGCUGUCAACAACGUCCAAGGAAAUUGAACACUUGAAUGACAUGGUAUCUGAAGUUCACGCAAUAGUAUCCAGCGCCAAAGCUAUAGUCACUUGGUCAUGUCGUGAUGCAGUUCAAGAAUGCAGAGAAGCAUGCGGUGGGCAUGGAUUUUUAAAAUCCGCUCGUCUCGGAGACCUGAGAAAUAUUAAUGAUCCUUGUGUAACUUAUGAGGGAGACAAUAAUGUAUUGCUGCAGCAAAAUAGCAACUGGUUGCUGAGGCAAUGGCAAGCACUUUGCCAGGGAAAUGGUUUAAGAACGCCAUUGGGAAGUUGCAAAUAUUUGGAACGACGAAGGGAAAUUGAAAUGUACAGGUUUAACACAAAGUGUCCUCAGGAAUUACUCAAUCAAAAAUUCAUAUCCCGAUGCUACGAAUGGCUAAUUCUAUAUCUACUCAAAGAAACAGAUAAAAAACAAUCGAGCCUAGAAAAGAUAACCGAUAAAUUUUUUGCCAAAAAUGAAUCUCAAGUCUAUGGCGCUGUCAUAUUGUCCAGAGUUUAUUUGGAAUAUUUGGCUUUGCAAAGGUUCUGGGAGAAAGCCGAUAAAGCCGAUUCGAGCUUGAAAGGAACUUUAAAUAAAUUGGGAGCUUUGUAUGGUUUGCAUUGCUUGGAUAAAAAUUUAGUUUACUUUUACCAGGGUGGAUUUACAAAUGAUUCCAGAUUUUCCUCAAUAGUCAAAGACAGUAUUUUGCAUUUGUGUGAUGCCCUGAAGCCAGAUUUUUUGGGAGUUAUUGAUGGUAUGGCUCCACCAGAUUUUAUUGUAAAUUCGGUCCUGGGAAAAUCAGACGGAAAGCUAUACGAAAAUAUUCAAAACGAAUUAAUACACAGUCCACACGCUUUGUCCAGACCGCAUUGGUGGCACGAGAUCAUCGUCAAGGAUGCACCGGAUUUUGUUAAAGUUUCUAGUAAACUUUGAUUUUGAAAAUACUUUUUUCUACGACUGCUCUAGAAAGCUUUUAAAAACGCACUGCUAACUUACCUAAAUAAUCAAUUAUUUCGAACAGUGUGAGCAAAGUACUUUUCACACGCUAAAACAGAAAUGACACUUCCAUAGAACUUUUGUUUUGCGAAUUAUGAUAAUUCUUUUUCCACUUUUAGUUCAUGGCAAUCUUACUUUAUUCUUUGGAUCUGCAUCCAGAAAUUGUAAGCAUAAUGACAUAAAUUUUUCAAUAAUGAAUUCUUUAUAAAUAAAAAUAUAAAACAAAAAUUAAAUCUUUUUGUAAAUAUAGUUAUUUCGCAGUUGUAGAAAAAGUAUAGCGUGUAUCGCGUGUGAAAUGACUUUUCACACUUGUGUGGUUAGUGCCACUUGCCUGCGACUUGUGUGAAAUGUGCUAUUUUCAACACUUGUUGCACAAUAUACUAUUUCACACAAGAAUUAUUAUGCAAUGUGAAUACCAAAAAAUAUUUUUCCAAAAGUUCCAUAUUCUUAAGAGUACCUACAUAAACAGUAUUUUCUAUGUUGAACAUUUUCGCACAAAUUUAGAAAAAAGUCACAAAAUAGUAGUAUAUAUACCUAACUGAUAUGAGGGUCUUAACCAUUAAAAAUUCUGGAGUGUGUCUGUGUCUUGGAUUCAUGAAAUCUCUGGGUCUCUUUUUCUCUAAUGUUUAGUCAAUAAAUAUGUGCCUUGACCUGAAAGCUGUCCGACCAUCAGGGCCGUAUCUAGGGGGGGGGGGUUUUGGGGGUUCAAACCCCCCCCCCCAAAAAAUAAUAAAAUUCAAAAAAUUUAACUUAAAAACAAACAACACUUAUUAAAUACUUAUUUAUUUUUUUUAUUUUUAUUACUACUGUAUAACAAUUUUUUUUUGCCACUUUGUCCAACCCCCCCCCAAAAUUUUGGUCUAGAUACGGCGUUGCCGACCAUCAAUAUUAAUUUUUUUCAGAAAUCAUGCGGCUGAAUCUUUAGGUAGUCUUGGUAGACAGUCGUUCUCUCUUUUAUACGUUUCUAUUGAAUAAAACUAUUAAAAAAGUUAUCAUAAGGACUCUGCUGAAAAAAAUGUUUACCAACAUUUGCCUAAGUAAAAUUUCAAUUCAAAUCAAUUUAUUGUGCUUAUUCUAUUGACACUUAUUUCCAAUGGGAGGAUUGACAGGUGUUGUUUUAGCAAAUUCUUCUAUUGAUAUUAUUCUUCAUGGCACUUAUUAUGUAGUUGCCCAUUUUCAUUACGUAUCGUGAGCUAUGAAUUUAAUUCUAUUUUGCAAAAAGACUUUAUGAGAAAAUGACCACAGUAAAAAUAUUAAAUGUCAGAAAUAUCAAUGUCAACUUUGUUUGUUUGUAUGUAUAAAAUAAAUUCUGUAAAUUUUGUAUUACAAAAUAAAUAUUUUUAUUCCAUAAACAAUUAUUUGCUUUUUAUUCAUUUAAUGAUAAGGUAUAAAAUCGUAUGUAAAUACCUAUUUAUUCAUUUAUUGAAGCAGAACAACUUUCUAUGUUAUAAAUCCAGACUUGAUACAAAAUGCAAUAAAAUUAAAUUACCUAUGGUAAACCUAAACCAAAGUCUAUAUGUAUGAGAUAUUAAAAUAAGAUAUAAAAGAUAACACAAUAUUCAACAAAAUAAAUAUUAAGGCCCGGUUCAUUUAUCUUCAGAUAAACUUGCUGGUAACUAUCUGCAAGAUAAAUUUACCGUUCUAUAAUUGUAUUGGUCGACGAAUUACUGGCCAGCCAAUGGGACUUGAAAUUCCGUUUCUAUCCAUCAGAUUGCAUACCUGACAGUUUAUCAAAAGGCGGAUAAACCGGCCCUUAUAAUAGAAUAAAAAUCAAUUAGAUGGCUGUCAAUAAUCUUAUUAAGGCUUGGUUUAUUCAUCUUCAGAUAAACUUGCUGGUAACUAUCGGCAAGAUAAAUUUACCGUUCUAUAAUUGUAUUGGUCGGCGGAUAACAAGCCGGCCGAUGGGAUUACAGGUUGCGUUUUCAUCCGCCAGAUUGCAUACCUGACAGUUUAUCCGAAGAUGAAUAAACCGGUCCUUAAAGCUAGUAAAGGAUCCAUUGAAGAAAUUAAAUAUCAAAAAUAAGGUAGCACAAAGCACCGGCAAUAUAGGUUUUUUACGUUAUAUAUUUAGGAUGACGUCAAAGAAUAAGGACAGAAAAUGUUGUCAAUGCCUUUUUUUUCUUAUAAUUUACCAGAAUGUAAUAAUAAAUUAAUCAAGACCACUGACGGCUAAAAAUAAC